AGCUAAUCCUAACAGACGCAGCUCCCACACACCCACGCAGAAGCGGGCAGCGAGAGAGAGAGAGAGAGAGAGAGAGAGAGAGAGACGAAGAUGAGUCGUGGGGCGGCAGCAGGGACGAAGGGAGGGAAGAAGAAGGGAGCUUCAUUCGUGAUAGACUGCGCGAAGCCCGUGGAGGAUAAGAUCAUGGACAUCGCCUCACUGGAGAAGUUCCUUCAGGAGCGCAUCAAGGUCGGCGGCAAGGCCGGUGCUCUCGGCGACUCCGUCACCGUCUCUCGUGAGAAGAACAAGAUAACCGUCACCUCCGACUCCAACUUCUCCAAAAGGUAUCUUAAGUACUUGACGAAGAAGUACUUGAAGAAGCACAACGUGAGGGAUUGGCUUCGCGUGAUUGCAUCCAACAAGGACCGCAAUGUUUAUGAAUUGAGAUACUUCAACAUUGCCGAGAACGAGGGUGAGGAGGAAGACUAAAAGCUUUGUCUCCUGUUUUGUGGCAUUACCGGUUGAGCUUAGUUGUGGCAUUAUCUAUCAACUUCUGUUUCAGCUUUUUUCGUGAUUGAUACCUCCUAUGGAAAUUAAAGCUUCUUUUGAGACAUCGGUUUGGAAUUUAGAAUCUGGUUAUUAUGUUAUCCAUGUGCCUGGUGCAGUACGUA